AUGUUGCAGCCGACAGUGAGAGCCACAGGCAGCGUCGCAUCCCGGGCAAAGCUGCAGCGUGUUCUGCAAAUUGCGGCACCGGCAUCUUGUCGAUCUGCACUCGAAGCAUCUUCGCACACGCGACCAUCACGGCCACAGACAGCAUUGGUGCGACGGCCUGGCCAGUCGGCACGGCCGGCACGGCCAGCACAGCUGUCACAAGUGCGGUGGCUGUCUGUCUCGCGCCCCGUGCGAAACAAGGACGACGAGGAUGUCGAAGGCGCGACACAGACUUCUUUGUCUGACGAGACGAAAGGGACCCCCUCGAUCCCCUCGACCCCCUCGGCCACGCCGCCCGACAACAUCCCUUGGUACCUCAAGGUCGAUGUCCCCAAACACGCCACCCUCGCCCCGCACGAUGUGCCCCUGCCCGACAUCCCGCCCCAUUCGCCGGCCCUGCUGACGCCUCUGCUCUCCUUUGCCGCCGACGACCUCGGCCUCGACGACCUGGCCCUGCUCGACCUGCGCGCCCUCGACCCGCCCGCCGCCCUCGGCCCAGACCUUCUCAUGCUGUUUGGCAGCGCCCGCAGCGAGCGCCACCUGCACGUCAGCGCCGACCGCCUGGUGCGCUGGCUGCGCAAGCACGGCGUCCACGCCACGGCGGACGGGCUGCUGGGCCGCAACGAGCUCAAGAUCAAGCUGCGGCGCAAGGCGCGGCGGGCCAAGCUGCUGGGCACCAGUGGCACCAGUGGCGCCAGUGGCAUGGCCCAGCUGGACGCGGCGUCCCGGGGCGAGGACGCCGCCGCGCAUGUGGUCGACGACGGCAUCAGCACGCAGUGGGUGUGUCUGCAUGCGGGCACGCUGGGCCGGUCGGCGGACGAGGGCAGUACGCUGGACGCCGCGGGCCGCACGAGCGGCUUUGGGGCGCUGCGGUCCCCCGGCACGACCGUCGUGGUGCAAAUGUUUACGGACGCCAAGCGGAAGCAGCUCGACCUCGAAGCGCUGUGGUCGCGGACGCUGGUGCGCAGCGUCAAGGCCCGGGUUGCCGCGGGCGAGGCGCUGCCGGAAUACACGCUUGCGGCGGCCGAGGCGGCCGAGGCGCGCAGUGGGAAGGAGACCGACACCAAAGACGGGGCAGAAACCGGUUUCGAGGAUGUCUCUGUACAGUCGACUGUGCAAUCGGCAGCCGCAUCGUCCUCGGGCGCGCCCUCGAGUUCCUUUGGCGGGCAGCACCGCUACUUCUCGACAUCGGCACGCCGGCGGGCCACCCUGGAGCGCGAGAACGCCGGCCAGUCCAGCCCCGACGUGGACAUCGUGUCCCGCCUGACGCAGCCCUGGAUCGGCGCGAGCGACGUCGCCAAGCUGGGGGCACGGCUGGCGCAGGACGCCGCCGGCAAGGCCCAGCUGCAGAAGCAGCUGAUCCGCUACCUCGACAGCCUCGGCCAGCCGGAUGCCGUCCACGCUCUGGGCGCCGUGCAGCCACACGGCCGCGGCCGGCCGACGUCCGACUUCAUCACCGCCAGCGCGGUCUGCAUGCGCGAUGUGCCGCCCGCCGAGACCUGGGCGCUGCGGGCGCACGUCCACGCCCGCGCGCUGAUUCUGCGCCACGGCGGAUACGACCUGGCGGGCCUGGUCGAGUUGAUCCGCGAGAUGCAGCAGGGCGGCCUGCCCGUCGACCGCGCGCUGUGCGCACAGCUGCUGCAGGCGCUGUUCACGCCGCAGGCGGACGAGACCCGCGAGCCGAGCGUGGCUGUGAGCGCGGGCGCGGUGCCGUCCGCGGAGGAGACAGCCCGCGAGGCGGCGCUGCUGGAUCUGCGAAAGGAGACGGCCCUGGGCCUGCUCAACACCAUGUACGAGCGCGGGCAAGAAACGAUUGCGCGGGACGUGAUUGUGGCCAUGAUUGCGGCCCUCGCGCGGCACAACGGCGUCGCCCGCGCCCGCGCCACAGCCCAUGCGGUCUUUGCGGAGAAGCUGAAGCAGGCCCGGUACCGCGUUGCUGCGGCGCCGGCACACCUCGACCGUGACGGCAACCGCCGCUUCCAGGCCGUCAACGACGUGCCGCGGGGACUCGACGUAGCCGACGCGACCGACGCACGGGACGCCGACAACCGGGCCGUGGGUGCCAGUGCCGCCGCGCAGGCCGCCGACGACCUCCAGACCACGCUCGAGGCCCUGCUGCACCAGGCCGAGCUGCCGUGCCUCGAGGACGCCCAGAUCAUCACGCUGCUCGGCGCGUACGCAGACGCCGAGGACUGGGCCCGGUUCUGGGCGCUCUGGCGCAUGCCGCCGCAGCACGGCCUGUCGCGGUCGCAGACGCUGUACAUCUACGUAUUCAGGCGCAUGGCCGAGACCGGCCACAAGGCCCUGUGCAUCGACACCGUGCGCAGGUGCUUCCACGAGAUGAUGCACGAGCAGGUGCCGGUGCAUCCCAAGGCGGCUGUGUACAAUGCACUGGCACAAUGCAUCAAGGUGGCGGACCCGGGCGCCGAGGCCAUUGCGCGGAACUUGCCGGAUGUUCGGUUGGAAAUGACGCGGGAUCAAAUCAAGCGGUCGAGAAGAGAGUUUGUCAAGCUUCUGCGGAUGGUCGAGAGAUAA